GCGCUUGGUAUUUCCCGUUAACCUGCUCCCUCAAAUCUGAGAGUAUCCACUUUUUCAUCAGCUCAUCUCAGAGUCUAGGACAUAGGAGACUACCAAAAACUCUCCAAGAAAACAAUCCCAAAUAGACAUGGAGCAGGAGCAGGAGCAGGAGCAGGGACAAGAAGCGCCGCCGUCCACUUCUCCCACUUCGACACCACCUCUUCUUCCCCCGCCUGCGUCAUCGUCGUCAUACACGUUGUUCUUAACGAUUAUGAGCAAAAGGAGAACAUGGGUAUUUCUGUUUGUGCUGGUUUACGCCAUACUUUUAGCUUCUUCGUGGAAUUCCCUGAAAUCGAUACUUUCUUGGUACAAACACCAAUCCCGAUACGCUUCUCCUUCUUCGGUUUGGCCUGCCCUCUAUGCCUCCGUUCUCCUCGGUGCCGUUUUCGGGGUGCUUUCCAUGGUUGCGGCGCUGACUGUGGUGGUGCCGGCCACUCUGGUCACCUGGAUAACUAUCGUAGUCUUGCUCGCUUUCUUUGGGAAACCAAAGCGGACUUUGGUGCUGGAAGGGAGGAAAAUCACUAGAGAAAUCGCUGGCUUCGUGUUCAAGAUUUUGUUGAAGGAAGGGAACCUUGUGGCUGCUGUUUGUGCUGUUUUGGGUUACUUCGCACUCUUCAGGAAGAACUCCGGGCAGUACGGUGUACCAAAUAACUUUGCGGUUGCGGCUUCCAAACGUGAACGACAUCGACAAGAAUCACGAUGCAAUUGCCGCAGUUAGCAGAGCAAUACGGUGUACCAAAGAUCUUUGCGUGCUGGCAAGCCAAGUAUCCGUUCAUGAAUGCCAUGGACAUAGGAGCAAAGAAUCCCAGCAUUGAUGUUGGAGCAACACAUCACUACCCUCGUGUUGCAGAUGGCAAACAGAUCGAACUUCCUUAGCAUGAUUGCAGCUCUUUUUGCAAUGGCAUUCUCCUUAUAACUCUCAUAUUUGGUAUUGGGUUUUAUAAAGGGUGUUGAUCGAGAGCAUUGUGGUCAAGUCUUAGGGGAUAGCCAUGUGAAUGGCUGCACAAUAGAUGAACCAGAUAAUUGGCUAAAAUUAUAUGAACCAAUCUAUAUUGUUCUUUCAAAUUGAAAGUCAUCAGCUUUUUUUU